CAUAUUUGGGAAGGGCCGCCUUCGGAACGUCACGCUUCCCCCGCUCGCCGAGUAGGGGCUCCGCGGCCCGGGGCGGCCUUUGUGGGGCGCGAGCCUCUGCUUGGGGGGGCGCCCUCCUCCCAGCCAAAGUAGCCCGCUGGAGCGCUCGCUUUGUGCGGGACGGGACGGGACGGCGGACGGAGGGGAGGCGAGGUCGGGCGGGCUCGGGCUUUGCGGCUGCCUCCAUCCCGCCGCAUUCUUCAGCUCCGAGCCUAACAAAGCCGGGAGGCGGCGGGGACCCGCGGCCAAACUUGGCCAAACUUUUUUCCCCCCAGAGUUUACAAAAGUUUGCCAAACUUUGCAACAGUUUGUCAAACUUUGCAACAGUUUGUCAAACUUUGCCAAACUUCCUUUCCUUCGCACAAAGAGCCCUUCUUCGGGCGGGGAAAAGCUUUUCCCCCGCGGGGAACGGGGCGGGAGCAUGGGCUGCGCCCCCCGGCUGCCCCCUCCUCGCCCAGCGGCCCCCCAAGUCCUGGGACCGGCCCCGCUCGCUCAGCCCGGUGGGUCCUAGGCGCGCGGCGGUGGGUCCCCAUGGCUGGCGGCGGGCGGCUGCAGCCCUGCGCCCUGGCCUCCUGCUGGCUGGGGCUUCUCGGUGUGGCGGCGGCGGCGGCUUCGCUGAACGGCAGCUCGGCGUUGGAGGAUCGGUGCAAGCGCGCCGCGCCCUGCGAGGCCCUCCGGGAGAGCCACUGCUUGGGAUCGCCUCUGCCAUACGCCGCCACCUCCACUCUGCUGGCCGGGGACUCGAGCUCGCAGGCGGAGGCGCACGACAAGCUGUUGCUCUGGUCUGGUUUGCGAAACGCGCCGCGCUGCUGGGAUGUGAUCCAGCCCCUCUUGUGUGCCGUGUACAUGCCCAAGUGCCAAGACGGCCAAGUGGAACUGCCCAGCCAAACGUUGUGCCAAGCCACGCGGGGGCCCUGCACCAUCGUGGAACGAGAGAGGGGCUGGCCCGACUUCCUCAAAUGCACCACGGAUCGGUUCCCUGAAGGAUGCCCGAACGAGGUCCAGAAUAUUAAAUUCAACAGCUCGGGGCGAUGCGAAGCCCCCCUAGUGCAGACCGACAACCCCAAGAGUUGGUACGAAGAUGUGGAAGGUUGUGGGAUCCAGUGCCAGAACCCGCUUUUCACCCAGAAGGAACAUCGCGAGAUGCACACCUACAUCGCCGCCUUCAGUUCGAUCACCAUUUUUUGCACCUUUUUCACGCUGGCCACCUUCAUAGCUGACUGGAAGAAUUCGAACCGUUACCCCGCUGUGAUCCUCUUCUACGUCAACGCCUGCUUCUUCAUGGGCAGCAUCGGCUGGCUGGCCCAGUUCAUGGACGGCGCCCGCAGCGAGAUCGUCUGCCGGGCUGACGGCACCAUGCGCUUGGGAGAGCCCACCUCCAACGAGACCCUCUCCUGCGUGAUCAUUUUCGUGAUUGUCUACUAUUCCCUGAUGUCCGGGGUGAUCUGGUUCGUCAUGCUGACGUACUCCUGGCACACCUCCUUUAAGGCGCUGGGCACCACCUACCAGCCACUGGCGGGCAAGACGUCUUACUUCCACCUGGUGACGUGGUCCAUCCCCUUUGUCCUCACAGUGGCCAUCUUGGCGGUGGCACAGGUGGAUGGAGACUCGGUGAGCGGCAUCUGUUUUGUGGGGUACAAAAACUACCACUAUCGCGCGGGGUUCGUCCUGGCCCCCAUCGGACUGGUGUUAAUUAUUGGUGGCUAUUUCCUGAUCAGAGGAGUGAUGACUCUCUUCUCCAUCAAAAGCAACCAUCCAGGCCUCCUGAGCGAGAAGGCGGCCAGUAAGAUCAACGAGACCAUGUUACGCCUUGGGAUCUUUGGCUUCCUGGCCUUCGGCUUUGUCUUCAUCACCUUCGGCUGCCACUUCUACGACUUCUUCAACCAGGCGGAGUGGGAACGCAGCUUCCGGGAAUACGUGCUGUGCGAGGCCAACGUGACGAUCGCCACCCAGACCAACAAGCCGAUCCCGGAUUGUGAGAUCAAGAACCGGCCCAGCCUCCUGGUGGAGAAGAUCAACCUCUUCGCCAUGUUUGGCACCGGCAUCUCCAUGAGCACCUGGGUGUGGACCAAGGCUACCUUGCUCAUCUGGAAGCGCACCUGGGGCAGGCUGACCGGACGGAGCAGCAACGAGCCCAAGAGGAUCAAGAAAAGCAAGAUGAUUGCCAAAGCUUUCGCCAGGAGGAAGGAGCUGCAGCACAACCCCGAGCAGGAGCUCUCCUUCAGCCUGCGCACCGUCUCGCACGAGGGGCCCGUCGCCGGUUUGGGGUUUGAUAUCAGCGAGCCUUCGGGAGACAUGUCCUCGGCUUGGGCACAACAUGUGACCAAAAUGGUGGCCAGGAGAGGCGCCAUCCUCUCUCAGGAUGUCUCUGUCACACCUGUAGCUACGCCAGUGCCCCCCGAGGAGAGGGCCAGUCAUUGGCUGAUGGAGGGCGAGUUCUCCUCCCGACGGGCCAAGAAACCGACUCGGAAGAAGAAGAAGCACAGAAAAAAGAAGGGGGUUUGCCCUUCCGGGCCAGCAGCCGAGACCUGCACCCCGAAUUACUUUGCCCCGGGGGGGCCCAGCUCCGUCCCACGCCUGCCUCGCCUCCCCCAAACCAAGUGUUUUGUCGCCGACCCACAGCAAAGCCAAGCUCUGGAUGACGUCCUUUGGUCUCGCGCGGACCCCGAAUGGAGACCCCGAGCUCCCCGACAGCUGGACCCCUCCCUGGCUGGACUGUCCCGGGACCUGCCCCCCAGCAGCUGCCGGCGCAACAACCCCCCGGAUCUCAUCAACCACCCCUUUUCCCCUGAUUUUGGGGGUUCUGAGGAAACGGAACCAGAACGUGGAGCGUGGCUGUUCCCCGGACAGCAGCCGUCGCGUUUUCGGGGGGCCGCCUUCCCUGCUCCCCCCAGGAGCUCAGCUGCUUUGUUCCUGGGCGGUGAUUUCUAUGGGGUGCAGCCGCCUCUGGGCAGGUGGGGUGGGUUGCCCCCCAUCCAUUCCCGGACAAACCUGAUGGACGCCGAGUUGGUGGAUCUGGACUCCGACUUCUAGGAGGGGGCUUUUCCAAUGGCGUGGUUUGGUGGUCGAUCAGCCGUGGGUGGGUGGGGGGUUGGGAGAAAGAGGGGGAAGGGACGGUCCCGAAGGGGUUCUUCUGCUCCCUCUCCUUCAAGGAGACCGAAAGAGAUUAUUGGAAGAGACAACCUGCCCUUGGACACCUUCUGAAGGCCCUCCUUCCUUCCCCUCCCCCUCACCCCCUUGUGGACCUCUUCAAGAAGACCCAGGGUGGGAUUGUCCUUCUCGUUUUGGUAUGAGGAGAAGCUCAAGAAGGUUUCUCGCUUCCAGAAUGAGGAAAACUCUGCAUCACCAUCUGCAGAAGGUCUCCCCCACCGCACUGAUGAUGCUACUUAGCUGGGUCACGAAACGUCUGUAAGAAAACAACCAAUCUCAAAGCACCAAGGACUCCCCACAGCCCUUCCUUCCUUCCUUCUUUCCUUCCUUCUUUCCUUCCUUCCUUCUUUAUCCCUGAUGAUGUUCCCUAGCUGGGUCAUGAAAUAUCUGCAAGAAAACAACCAAGCUCAGAGACCAUCAAUGACCCUCCUUCCCUCCUUCCCUCCCUCCCUCCC